UCCGCGGCCCGAGCCACCGGGCAGCUGCGGACGGCGGGAUCGGCGAACCUUGGGAGAAGGGGGCCGCAGGAGAGCCCAGGGGCGCGCCCGCCGCGCCGGGCUCCAGACGAGGAGGUCCGCCGCGCCCGCCACUGGCCCGUGACCACCCGCAUCCGCAACGAAGGAUCCUCGCCCCGUGGCGGCCAUGUCGGCCGUGCUCCGCGCGCUGGCGCUGCUGAUGGUGGCCCUGACGGGCACGCAGGCCGUCAGGACGGCCCGCAUGGGGACGAGCACGGAGAGCAGCGCGAACCCGAUCCGGCGCGUGGUCAACCUGCUCCAGGCGAUGCAGAAGCAGGUCACGGAGGACGGCGAGAAGGAGGAGGACGCGCGACGUCCUCUGUGCUCACGGGCCGGGGGCUCUUCAGGCUCGAGACGUCCAUCACCAUGGCAGAGGAGAAGAUCCCGAAGGUGACGUCUGCCCUGGAGGAGGCCAAGUCCAGGAAGGCGCAGCUCGACUCCGACAUCAAGAAGCACAAGGCGGACCGCGCCGAGGGCAAGGACGCCCUCGCCAAGGCCGCGGCGUUGAGGUCCAAGGAGGCCACUGAGUACGCCAAGCUCAAGAGCGAGAUGGAGACCAACCUCUCAGCCCUGGCGGCCGCCAUCAAGGCG